AGAUGCUUUGCCCUUUUAUCAAGCCAAAUGCCUGAAGGGUGGAUUUUGGAAUGGACAGAUGCCUCGCUGCAUCAGGAAAUUGUUCAAGAAUCCCAGAUAAGCAUGAAGUGUACAUAAUCGUCAAUGGGGGUUUACUUGUUUACCAAAGAGGAGACACUUCCAACACUUCCCAGCUGAAGAUGGGCAUAGUCGAACAACAUGACAGGGAGGCAGUAGUUGGUAUUCCACAGAAAAUCUUCAUUCACCAUCACGAUAAUAUUAACUUCAACCAUGGCUCUGCCCUGAUUAAACUGAAGUAUAAGAUACCUGUCAGUAAAGCCGUCAUGCCUGUGUGUUUGCCUUGGAGGGAAGAGCGGUUUGUUUUGAAGGCUAACGUCGGGAAGGUGUCUGGACGGGGUGUGUCGUUAAAUUCCAAUAAUGUCCUGUAUGCACUUUUACCCAUCAUUGAUUUUGAGGACUGUGAGGCUAAAUAUGACUCCACAGUGACAGCUAAAGGGAAACUACUACUGACAGAGAACAUGAUAUGUGUUCUGGGAUGGCUGAUGGAGAAAAGGAUUCCUGGCAGGGGGACAGUGGAGGGCCCUGUUCCUUUUUUUUUUGACACAGAGUAA